UGUCGCGUUUGAGACGCUGCUACACUGACACAUAAACAAGCUGCCAGCUUGGUUCUGUGGACCUUUGACAACAAACAAUAUCCCUGUCCACAGUGGUAAAUCACCAAUGUUAACGUGGACUAGAAGCUAAGUUUUAAGGGCAGGAUUCCAUUGAUGAAAAGUAAAAUGUAAUAGUCGAGCCCACUGAGAGUUGCCUGUGACCUGGUGUGAUACUUGCAUGCUGCAUGUCUCUUGAUAAACCAUCAAUCACCCACCUGCACCUCCUCUCACCUCUCGUGCAUGGCUCUCUUUUGACAUGAAUGUGCCAUGCCUUUCCUCGCAUGUUGUGCUGUGACUGAGGCAUCAUGGGGACAGAGUGGGAUAACCCUCUAACCAUCUCAUCCAAGAAACCCUGCCAGAGCCAGACGGGCCAUGGGCGAGAGCUUGAGAGGCUUCGUGCUGACUUGGAAGCGGAAAAGAGCCAAACGCAGCAGGCCCACAGACUCCUCUGUGUCGAGCUGAGGUGUCUGCGAGAAGAAGCAGAGAGGGAGCAGCGGAGGGUCGUGAGGGAGCUGUCGGCAAAGCGUGGGUACCAAAAGGACAGGCACUCAAAUAGAUGUGGGAGUUUGGCGGCUAAACAUGUGAAUAUCAAAGAUUUAAGACAUUACAGUUCAUGCAGCAGAGACCUGUCUACAAAGCUGGAGCUGUUGCUGCUGACUCUGUAUGACGAGAUAAAUGGUGAGCGGGAAGACUCUAGCUUGCAUCACAGGCAGGAACUUGAGCUAGAAAAAGCCCUCUUCCUCUGCCACCUGCUAGAAAGUAAUAGGAAACAGUUGGAGGAGAAACACAGAGCAGGACACCCUGGCUACAAAAGUCUCACAAGAAAGCCCACUCAGAAGAACACCAGACAAGCUCAGAACACGGUGCCUCUAGGCUGGGAAGUGAGUGACGCUAACCCCAGCACCACUGCUGCAGCCGUGGACACCUGUCACAGCAGCUCUUCGAACAUUUGUCACUCUCACAACACUCCCCAUGCAGGCUGGGACGACCAGCCCCCCUGCAGCAGCAAGUCCUCUGGGUCAGAAGAGUCCACGCCCUCCAAAUGCAUGGACACCAACAUGGAGAACGGCACUGACUAUGGGUUGUUGGUCCGCCAAAACUCAGAACUGUUGCGAGCCCUUGAUGAGCUGGAGAAGACCUGCGCCACACUGAAGGAUGAAAAUGCCCUGCUGCGGAAGAGCAGCGCCCCGGAGACCGAGGAGAAGGUCAGGCGGCUGAGGAGAAAGAACACAGAGCUGGCUGUUCUUGCAAAGAGGCUGGAAGAAAGAGCUCGAAAACUGCAGGAGGCCAACCUCAAAGUGGUCAAUUCCCCAUCAUUGAUGAGACCCGGCUCGGUGGAACAGUACAAAAGGGCGUUUGCACGGCAACGAGCUCGCGACCUUGCGCAGCAUGCUGACACACUUCUGUCUAAGGACAAAGAGAUUGCUGCUCUACAGCAGGAGUGUAGAGAACUAGAGGCACGACUGGGCACCACUAAGGGCUCCCCGGCUCCCUCUGGCAGAGUGGAAUUCGAGAAGCUUCUGCGGGAGUCUCAGAGGGAGGUACUGCGUCUCCAGAGGCAACUGUCUGUCACAUCGUGCACACAGCAGCACCAGAACCAGAGGCCCGAGCCCAGCGGCUCAGAGAAGUGUAGGGAAACUGAGAGGGAGGAGGUGGAGGAGAAGGCUGUAGGAGAGACCCCAUGUGUGGCAUUAGAUGAAGCUCCGUCCAGGUGUGAGAAGACUCCCAGCGAGGAGGAGGAGUCGGGGCUGCGAGUAACGCCCCCACCGGGCCUCAGCCCAACCCCCUCCCAUCCGGAGGAGCACAUCAAAGAGCAGCGCCUUGAGUUUCUGGAAAGUGAGCUGAGCAAGAAGAGAAAAGAAUGUGAAAACCUUGAGCAUGAAGGAAAGAAGCGACAGAGGAGAUGUCUGGAUUUGGAGAGCCAGCUUGAGGAUGAGCGAGACAAAAAUGAGCAACUAAAGGAGGAGGCAGAUCUCCUCAGGAGGAAGGCACAGCUGCUCGACCAGACUCGGGCUGAGAAUGAGGAGCUGAGGGAAGAUCUCUCUGAAGUGACCGCUCAACACAAUACAGUUCUCGAGGAGAACCAGAGACUCCGUGCCAAACUGGAGAACCUAGAUCAGGUCCUUAAGCAUAUGCGAGAGGUCGCCGAGCGAAGGCAGCAGCUGGAACUGGAACAUGAGCAGGCACUGGCUAUCCUUAAGUUCAAGCAGGAUGAAAUCAAACGGUUACAGCGGGCUCAGUUAUUUGCCAAGAGGGAACAUGAAGGAGUGGUUCAGAUGCUGGAGGAGUUGACUCAGCUUGUGUUGCGGAGGGAGCUGUCAAAGGUACGAGAACUGGAGGAGAAAUGUCGCAGCCAGAGUGAGCAGUUUGGCUUGCUGUCCCAAGAGCUGGAGAAGUUUCGACUACAGGCUUCAAAGGUGGACCUGGCCAGCUCUACCCUCCUCAACAAUCCCAGCCUCUCUGUUCUGACCAAUGGGGUGGGCCUGACCACAGAGCGAGACUGCACUGAUGGCUCAUGGGAUAUGGUGUCUCUGGGUGAAAUAGCCUUCUGGAGUCUCGAGGGAGGUGACACUCUCUCCUGCCCUGAGGGUAAUGAUCCGCUCGAUGUGGCAGCUGCGCUGCGAAUGGGGGCCACCCCCCACGCUGCGGGACUGUCCAGGUUGGAGCGCUCGCCCGUCACCAAGCAUCGUGAGUUGCCCACCAUCAGUGUUAGCAAGUCGGCCUCUUCCUCCAGCAAGUCAGAGACCACGCACCUCACCCCCAAGUCUGACACGCACCUAAGUCCACACAAAUCCAGUCCAACACAUGAGGUGGACACUGCCAGUGAAGUAGAGGAGCUAGACAUUGAUGUGGCCCCGGCACCAUAUGCAGCCAGCAGAGGAGCAGCAAAGCUUCAGGUUUUCAUUGCAAGAUAUAGCUAUAAUCCUUAUGACGGCCCCAAUGACAACCCUGAAGUGGAGCUGCCACUUACUGCUGGGGAAUACAUCUAUGUGUAUGGAGACAUGGAUGAUGAUGGCUUCUAUGAAGGUGAGCUGAUGGAUGGACGGAGAGGGCUGGUCCCCUCUAACUUUGUGGAACGUGUAUCGGAUGACGAUGUCAUGAGCACUCACCCACCAGAGACAGGGGACAUGUCCCAUACCUCCCUGCUAGACAGCAGCCUGCACAGUGCCAGCCACCAGCAUCACCUCCACAUGAGUAUCGGUGCCUCAGAAAGGACACAGGCCACUGCUGCCUCAGCCCCUGUCUCAGCCCCCUCAGAUCCGGCAUCGGCCUUGGCUGUCCCAGCCCCCCUCACCAACGGCCUGGACUUGGAUUUGGAGGAGGUGGGAGUGGAUGUUGUGCCUUACCCACGUAAGCUCACCCUCAUCAAGCAGCUUGCCAAGAGCAUCAUCAUUGGCUGGGACCCUCCGCUGGUGCCAGCUGGGUGGGGCAACGUGUGGAGCUAUAAUGUGUACGUGGACCAGGAACUGCGGUUGAAUGUGCCCUUCGGUGCCCAGACCAAAGCAGUGCUGGAGCGGCUGGACAUAAACCUCAAGGCCUACCGUGUGUCAGUGCAGAGCCUGACAGAGAAGGGCGUGUCAGACCAGCUACGCUGCAGCAUGCUAGUCGGUCGGGAUGUUUGUGUGGCGCCCACACAGCUGCGUGUAGAGAGGGUCACCGCCACUUCUGCCAACCUGAGCUGGCUGCCCAGCAACAGUAACUAUGUACACAUCGUGUCCUUGAACGAGGAGGAGUGUGAGCUGGUGAAGGCUGGCUGCUACUCACUGUGCCUCAAAGACCUCUUGCCCAGCUUGCAGUACACAGUCAAAGUGGAGGCACGACCACAUCGCACACCUUGGGAAUUACCUGUGGAGCGACGUGAACACAGAAGCACUACAAUCACCUUCACCACACUGAUGGCAGUUUCAUGCCCACACUCUGGGAACCAAGGUCCACCUGAUGCUCCUCUGGAUGUGCAGCUGGAGCAUGGCCCCUCUCCGGGGAUUGCCCUCAUCAGCUGGCUGCCCGUCACCAUAGAUGCUGCCGGGACCUCGAAUGGAGUCCGUGUCACUGGAUACACUAUAUAUGCUGAUAAGAAAAAGGUGCUGGAAGUGUCUUCCCCAACAGCUGGCAGUGCUCUGCUGGGACCCUCUCAGAUCCAGUCCCUGCAGGCAGCUCUGGAGCUCACUGUCCGCACCACGUCUGCUCACGGGGAGUCCUGUGACUCUUUCCCAGUCAACGUGCCCUCCAAGUUGCCUGCCAUCAUGGCAGGCCCAGCUAUCACCCCCACAGCUGUGCCACUGCCAUCACCCUGUGCCCCAAUAGGCCCCAGUAAUCUGCCCUCACCACCGUCCUACAUGAACUCUGCUGCCAAAAUCUCUAUGCUGCCCAGCACUUUGCCAUCACACAACGCAUACAACUCUGGCCUCUUAAUGGAGGCCGUUGCCAACUCUCCUAAUGCCCUUCAAGCUGAAGACCCUCUCUCAUCUGCCUCAUAUGUGAAGGCCUGGGCCAACCCUUCAUCUGCUGCUGCCUUAGCUGUGUGUGAGACUACGUCACCAGUAGCCCACACCAUCACACCAGUGGUUAAUGUGACCUCCCCCACCACCUCAGCACCUCUACCAUGUCCAUUAGCAGUACCUGCACCUGAACAAGUACCUGUCAUGGCAGCAGCGUCACCAGUGUUGGAGCAGCGCAGAGAUGUUGACAGCCCUGAUCCUAUUCGUCCUUUCCCAUCCAUCACAGAGUUCAUUGAUGACCCUUGUGCCAAACUCGAGACUCCUGAGCCCUUCCCAUCCCCACCCAAAGCCCAGAUCACGGACCUUCUAAACCCUCAGUAUAAAAACUUCCUCCGACCCCCCAGCAUCUCACCGCUGGAGUCCGAGGUAGAGGAUGAGCAAGAGAAUACCCGUCUGGUGUCCAUUGAUGACUUUUUGAGACAGGAGAAGGAGCCAGCAUACAACAGGAGGCAGCAGAAUUAUGGCAGAGGGCUUGUGGAACCUACCAGUGACUACCUCGCAGACAACAGUCGAUCAGACCUGUCUGACAUCCUGGAGGAGGAGGAGGAGGACUACUCUGACCACCUUGGAGAAGCACAGGCUAAAGGAUAUGCAGUUAGAGCAACCAGGUUAUACAAACUGGAGCCUCCAGACAGUGAUGAGGAGGUUCUUGAGAAGAUCCUUAAGUUGCCUCCUCAGGUUUACCACAACAAGCAGCUGUCCAGUAUUCCUGAGUUGACAGAAGAGGAGGACAGUGGUCAAGAAGAGCCUUUAAGGCACCGCACUCGUUCUCGGCACAAGUCUGGCCACCUCCACCCUGCCCCCCCUCGACAACAUCACUCCAACCUACACCCACACGUUCCCCCUCACCAUCACCACUACAAUAGGGAUCUCAGAUCUCUAACCAAAGAGCCUUUACUUAGACACAAACCUUCACAGGUAAAGCCUAAGACGCAGCACAGGGUGCACUAUGCCGACACAGUGGACACCAUCACUUAUUCUGAAGAAGAGGAAAGUUUUUAUGAAGGUCCCACCAGCAAGCGGGUGUCAGCCCACUGUCCACCACAGCUGACCCCCAACAUCAGAGAGCGAGGGCUGCUCAAAGGGCUAGGGGACCGCCUUAGGAGGGAGGCCAUGCUGAGGAGUCAGAGGGCUGUUGCCUCAGCAGCCAACCUCAGCCACGCCCCCACCCAGCCAACACCCAACCCAGUCAGCAAAACCGUACGGACUCUGAGGUCACCUGUUGGUCGUGCGGGAGAGAUUGACGUUGAGUACGGGACAGAUGAUAAUGACGAGCCUACAGAGUACAGUCCUGGGGAGGUGGGGAUGGAGCAGAUGAGCUCUGAGUGGUGGGUGGAGGGGGCUCAGGUGGAGCACUGCAGGCCUCAUCCUCGCCGAGCACGGAAGGCUGAUACUCUGGCAAACAUCCCUGCCGGCCAGCCACAAAGGGAGCCCAGUCAGAUCCCUCCAGCUGAGGCAGGUCCAUCGUGGGGGAGCCAGGCUGAGCACACUCCUAAACCAAUGAGCUUGCAGGCCAGGCAUCUUAAAGGUGGGCUUGAUUCACCAAAGGUCAAAGGAGACAGUGACAUACGCAUCUUUGUGGCCCUCUUCUCUUAUGAUCCUGCCACCAUGUCACCUAAUCCUGAUGCUGCUGAGGAGGAGCUGCCCUUCAGCGAAGGACAGAUCAUCAAAGUUCAUGGCGAUAAAGACGCAGACGGGUUUUACCAAGGGGAGUCAGGCGGUCGCUUGGGCUUUGUGCCGUGUAACAUGGUGUCUGAGAUCCAGGUGGAGGACGAGGAGACCCGGCAGCAGCUGCUGCAGCAGGGCUUCUUAUCCACAGCGGCUUCCAUUGACAAGAUAGUUCAUAAAGGCACUCGCUCACACGCACAGCUACCACGUCGCCCUGUUCCACCACCGAAACCAAGGCGAUCCAAGAAAGUGGAGUCUGCAGCACUCUGGGAGGAGAGCGUAGACUCCUCCAUUCAAGAUUCAGGCAAGUCUGCCGCUGUGGCAGCUGUGGGGAAAGCAGCCCUGGGCAAAGCAGUCCCGGGGAAAGCAGUCCUGGGGAAAGCAGUCCCGGGGAAAGCAGUCCCGGGGAAAGAAGUCCCGGGGAAAGCAGUCCCGGGAGCUCGCAGGAUGGUCGCCAUCUUUGAUUAUGACCCACGAGAGAGCUCCCCCAACACUGACAUAGAGGCUGAGCUGACCUUCAGUGCAGGAGACAUCAUCCAUGUGUAUGGUGACAUGGACGAAGAUGGCUUCUUCUACGGAGACUUGAACGGACAGAGAGGUUUGGUUCCGUCUAACUUCCUGCAGGCUUUACCAGAGGAAUCGACACCACAGCCAGUCUGUGCACAGUCUGCACCAGCACCAGCACCAGCACCUAGGAAAGACUCGCAGGGUUCAGUGACGUCUUCUACUGAGCCACAACAUCCUGGACAUUCAACAACAGAAGAAUGUUUGCACGCUCAAACAGAACUUCCUCUCCCUGACCCAGCAGCGCACACAGACCUAACACCUAACCCGGCACCUUCUGCAAGCUCCACUUCAGAACCAGACCCAGCUGCAGGUCCAACUGUGACUGCAGCUGCAGCUGCAGUGGUGGCCUGCUGCUCUCCUCCACCUGAGAGCCCGACAACCACAGACUGCUCCCCACAAGGCAAGAAGAAGAAAGGCUUUUUCUCCAAAGGCAAGAAGUUGUUCAAAAAGCUGGGAUCCAGCAAGAAAGAGUGAGAAUCAUGCCGUCUGAGUCGGGACUCGCGCCACAUUGAAUGCACUUUUUUUCUAUCUUCACUGUUUGUCUCAGUCAGUAGUUGCAACAGUUAGUUGAUAUCAGAACUAAUAACUGAUGCUCUAACUAUACAUUUGCCUUAGAGCACCGCAAGACCAGCUAUUUAAUAUAGAGUUUCGAAUAUCGACGUACAGCUUACAGCAACACGAGCAUGUAGAGGCGCACGACUCGCAAAUAUAUUCUCCAGAUACUUCCUAAUUAUCUAAGCAUUUGCAGAUUUUUCACUCAUCAGAGGCUUAAAAGGUUCUAUGUGUAACAUUUAGAGAACCCUGCUGGCUAUAAAGUGAACUGCAGCCUGCAUCCUGUCGCUCAAGAGCGUGUGCUCACACUUCGUUGUUAUAGUCAGGAGUGUUUAUCCUUGGCUUCAGCUAAAAUGGUGACAGAACCACCAUGAUGUUUAUAGAUUAGCUAACUUAAGUCACACUUAACUUAAACACUAAAGUCUGACCCUCAUUUCCACAGCAAAUGAGUUGGAGUCUGUGUUGUGAUGCUAGCUACUUCCAUGAUGACAAUAUUGGACAGUUACAAGCUAAUGAUAGCUAGUGUAAGAGUAGAGUGAGAGAGAGCUUUUUGAGGCAAGUAGUAUGUAACAAACAUAAAUAUUACAUACUUUUGAUUUUCCCAAGAAGAAUCAGUGAUUUUCCCAGAAAUUAUUAUCAGUGUUUUAUAGGGAAGUGAAGUCGAGUCACACAAACGGCAAUUACUACAUGUUAACUUAGAGGCAGUGUUGCCAACUUACCGUUUAGUGACAAAUCUCGCGACUUUUUCUGCUGUAAUUGGAGACUUUUGGAGACUGACGUGAAAGAGCGUAUUGUUUUAUUUCUCAACAAACAGCGGGUGCUGCUGUGGGUCUCUACCCUGCCCCAAAGAGCACAGCAGUCCCUCCCAGCUGCAGUCAGAGCAGAUGCUUACCCCUCCGCAUCCAGACUGCAAAUGAAUUGUGCAUACUGCACUCCAAAAUGUUAGUCAGUCAUCAUCUACCGCUUUAUCCUCCACCAGAGGGUCGCGGGGGGUGCUGUGCCAAUCUCAGCUACAUCGGACGAUAGGCGGGGUACACCCUGGACAGUUCGCCAGUCCAUCGCAGGGCCACACACAACUAGAGACAAACAACCAUUCACUCUCACACUCACUCCUACAGUCAAUUUAGAGUGUCCAAUUCACCUAAUCCCCACAUUGCAUGUUUUUGGACUGUGGGAGGAAGCCGGAGAACCCGGAGAGAACCCACGCACACACGGGGAGAACAUGCAAACUCCAUGCAGAAAGGCCCUUGUUCCAACUGGGGCUCGAACCCGGGACUUCUCGCUGCAAGGCGAGAGUGCUAACCACUACACACCGUGUGGCCCGCACUCCAAAAUGUCCCAAUAUCCCAAGCCCAAAUAAAGGAGGAGGUCUGGAAUUGGGGUUUCAAAAAACCAAUAAUCGACAGAAGUUAAUUUGUAGUUCUUAACAUAUUUAGGGUCAAAAUCACAUUUUGUCUAUUCCCCUUUCCUACAGCGUGCAUUACAAUUACUCACAUGUGGUAAAUGAUGCAAAGUAGGUGAUGACGUCACUUAGCGAGUUGGCAACACUGCUUAGAGGUACAAAUAUAGGCGUAUUAGACCCCCAUUUUGACAAACACUGAUGGUAACUGCUCCCCAUAGUCUCUAUAAAGGUACAUUGUGUAAAAUGUAGCAAUAUUUACUGGUGAAGUUUCAAGUUGCAGCUGAAUAUGCCUCACUUUUCCCACCCACACUUAUGUAGCCUUCAGUUGGUAAAGAGUAAACAUGGAGGGGUCCAAACUGGCUGCUGAUAUAAAUAUAAAAGGCUCAAUCUGGAAUAAUGAAGAAACACUUUGUAUACAAUUGAAUGAUUGUACAGUGCUGAAAAUAAUCAUAAUCUUACCUACAUUUUACACACUGGGCCUUCAAUGCAUGAUGAGACAUGGAAGAAGAUAUUUGUUGGAGAGAAACAGCAGCUCCACACUCACAAACAGCUAAUGAUGUAUAUUAGCUUUAAUGCUCAUGUACUGGUGCCACUUUAUUUAUUUGAAGCAAACAAAUAGAGGCUGCAGUCUUAUAUAUUCUCCAUGACUGUAAAAAAAAACAAUGCACUAACAUCCUGAAUGGAUGUAUUUUCACUAUGUCUGCUAGUCCCUCGUGUGUUUCCUGUCUUUAAAGGUUAUUUAUACAGUACUUUAUAUGGAUAUGUUAUUUAUUCAUAUCGGACUCUUGCCCUAGUUAUCACCACAUUGCAUGAAGUGACAUCGGGGCAGGAGGUCGAUGUCGUGAAGCUGUCAGAGACGGCGACGAUCCACUUUGAUAUAUGUAGGAUUAGAUCUUAUUUAUGAGGUGGGCUUGACUGUUUGAGGAAGCGGAAAUAAGCUGUUUUAUGUGUAGAAGGUCCAGGUUUGCGCCUUCUGUGAUGUACAGUAUGUGUGAGUGUUUUUGGGUGAGUGUGGUUGUGGGCCAAAUGGCCCAGUCUGAUGGUGUGACUGAAAACAGAUGCCUUUCUCAGAUUGUUACCACGGAAACUCUGAUGUUGACUGUCAUGACUGGCCUCAAUGUUUGUCUGUGUGUAUGUAGUAUCAGGUGAUAGUUAAGCUGAACAUUUUCUUCACACAUUAUUAUUAUUAUUAUUAUUAUUAUUAUUAUUA